AUGUCGUUGGUCGACGAUAUGGAGCUGGGUUUUGUCCCGCCGGCUAUGUCGGACGAAGAGAUCCUUGAAGCUGACCUCGUCGAUACUGACACUGCUAAUUUUGAGGGUGAGAGAUGUGGGCUAUGCAUGGAUCUUAUCAUAGACGGAGGGGUCUUAGACUGCUGCCAGCACUGGAAAAAUGCAGAUCAUGUGAGGUCGGUUAUUGCUUCUUUGGUUAAAGGUGCCUAUGUCUUAGAGCGGGACCGCGGGGGGAAACGUGAAGGUUCCCAGGCUCUUGCACCUCCUUGGUGGGAAACUUUCGGUUUUCAGUUGGAGCGCACCCUCGAAGAUGAGGCUGACCCUUCUAUCUUCGGUGCCAUCUUCAAGUAUGAGCCUCCGCCAUCCUCCAGUAACUACUCAGCAGAUGGACCGCAUUUCGUGGUCGCCUUCCGAGGCACCUUGAUCGAGGAAGAAUCGUUCCUUGAUAUUAAGCUGGAUAUUCAGUUUAUCCGGAAUAAGCUCCACUUCUCGUCUCGCUGCAAGACUGCCGUGCAGGCGGUAGAACACUUGGUUGCAGCCGGCAAUUCUAAGGUGGUCUGGUUGGCUGGCCACUCCCUGGGGUCUGCCAUUGGUAUGCAAGUUGGAAAGGACAUGGCCAAAAAGGGAGUGUAUCUCGAGUCUCUCCUCUUCAAUCCGCCUUAUCCAUCUGUCCCGACCGAUAAGCGGACUCGCCACUUAACCAAAAGCGGGUUCCGUGCUGUAGGGGCGCUAGUUACGCAGUCUCCAGAACAGCGGGAACAAUCCGCUAGUUCUUAUGCGGCUUUGUCCCCUUGGGUUCCUCAGCUGUUUGUCAACAAGGGUGAUUUCGUCUGCUCGGGAUACAUUGGCUAUUUCAAGUACCGAAAGUGGAUGCGAAAGUACGGAUUAGAAGAUUUCGCCAAUUUUGCUAGUCAGUAUUCUGUGAGAUCAAUGCUGUUCAGGAGCGAGAAUGGGGCACAGGUAGAGCCAUUGCACCUCAUCCCAUCGGCAAAUCUAACAAUCAAUUUUUCAAACCAGUCGGAGUGUUUCCUGAGUGCGCAUCAUCUUAGCAAAUGGUGGGGGCAGGACCUGGAGCUGGAGUCCGAAGUUUACAAAAACUAG